AUUCCAAUUCCAAUAAGUGGUAACGAAAAGCAUUAGGUCGGUCCUUGUUUGAUUCAACAAUACAAACCCUAAUUAACUAACUAGCGUCUCUUUUCCUCGCUCAACAAGAGAAAACUGUACAAAAUUCUGAUGAUAGAGUUCAUAGUCGAAACUCGAAGAAUGACGAUGAUGAUGAUGACGAUGAUGUUGAUCAUUGGUUCAAGCAUUCAAAAUCUAAGGGCAAUGGGGAUAGGAAGAGAGAUAGGGAUAGAAGGAAUCGAGGGAGUGAAAGUGAACGAGAGAAGGAGCGCUCUCAGCGAAGGCAUGAUAGCAGAGAUAGAGAUAGAGAAAUCAGAAAUGCUGUUGAGGGAGUAAUGGGCUAUGCUUAAGAGAAGCAAUACAUCUUCUGAUGCCUGUGGGCAAAAACAAUGUUCAUUUGGCUACAUGUUGGUCACAGUUUCUGUUUUUGCAUACGGCAUAAAGAAAAAAAGGAAGAAGCAGCAGAACCUGAGUCUGAUCCUGAAAGAGAUCAAAGAACUGUGUUUGCUUAUCAGAUUUCUCUUAAAGCGGAUGAUAGAGACGUUUAUGAGUUCUUCUCAAGGGCUGGCAAGGUGCGAGAUGUUCGCUUGAUUAUGGACCGCAAUUCAAGACGUUCUAAAGGUGUUGGGUAUAUUGAGUUCUACGAUGUCAUGUCUGUCCCCAUGGCAAUAGCGCUUUCAGGUCAACCUCUUCUUGGUCAACCAGUGAUGGUGAAGCCAUCAGAAGCAGAAAAGAAUCUGGUUCAGUCUACAGCAUCUGUUGUUAACGGGCCUUCUGGAAAUUUAGGCCCUUAUUCUGGGGGUGCAAGAAGGCUCUAUGUUGGUAAUCUGCAUUCCAGUAUUACUGAAGCUGAUCUUCGUAGGGUGUUUGAAGCAUUUGGUCAAGUUGAGCUAGUCCAGAUGCCUCUUGAUGACAUUGGGCAUUGCAAAGGUUUUGGCUUUGUGCAGUUUGCCCGCCUUGAAGAUGCAAAAAAUGCUCAAAGCUUGAAUAGCCAGUUGGAGAUUGGUGGGAGGACAAUCAAGGUAUCAGCUGUUACUGAUCAAUCUGGAAUGCAAGAAUUCGGUGGAAAUACUGGUGAUAUUGAUGAUGAUGAAGGUGGUGGAUUGUCCUUGAAUGCCUCUUCCCGAGCAUUACUCAUGCAGAAGUUGGAUCGCAGUGGCAUUGCAUCAAGUAUGGUUGGUUUGCUGGGAAAUUCUGUUGUCAACAAUACAGGCCUUAAUCUGCAAGCAAUGGGAAGCAUACCGGCAGUAGCUCUUAUUCCCGCCCCAGGAGUUGGAAUGCCAGGUGGAGGUCUCCAAAUUCCAAUGCUGACAAGUCCUACUAUUGAUACAAUUGGCACUCCAAGUGAAUGCUUAUUGUUAAAGAAUAUGUUUGAUCCGGAAGAUGAGAAGGAACCAGACUUUGAUUUGGAUGUUAAAGAAGAUGUUGAAGCAGAAUGCUCUAAGUUUGGGAACUUAAAACAUAUAUAUGUUGAUAAGAGGAGUGCCGGAUUUGUCUACCUACGAUUUGAAAAUACCCAACCUGCAAUAAGUGCACAGCGGGCCUUACAUGGAAGAUGGUUUGCAGGGAAAAUGAUCACUGCAAGCUUUAUGGUGCCCCAGUUAUAUGAGGAUCGAUUCCCAGACAGCAAAUGAGUUAUCGGGGGUCCAUUGGAAUGAUAGGGAAUCCUGUGGCAGAAAUUAGCAUUCUCAGAAAUAUUUGAGAUUUUAUUUUAACAAAGUUAUGUUAUAUACACCCCCACCACAUGGAACUUUGAUUUAUCUUAUGACUUAUAAGAAGUUAAAAGGUGCUGCUUUUAGGAGCUGCAGUUGCCAUACUUCACCUGUUUUGGGCGGAUAUUGGUUUUAUUAGUUUGCAGUGAUAUUGGGACAUGUUUUGUGAAUUCUAUCUAGUCUAGUAACAGUAAUGUAAUUCAUCCUCUGACGGCAAUUACACUGAAUAUUUUAUGUAUCGUAAUUGGUCCGCACUGUGUGGCCUGAUUAUCAUAAAUGAACCACAAUCGAGUGAGAUUAUCUCAA